AUGGUUCAGUACCGUAAUCCUAAUCAACAUCUUUACACCGGGAGUAAAUGUGAAUUACUAUCUGGCUGCGACUACAUUUUUAAAAUCGAUAUUGGAACUGUCUCUAGCAAGUCUAGAUAUUUUCAAAUGAGAUCAAAUACAUUGGAAGGACGUGAUAUAUUAAUAUUUACAUCUGGCCAAGAUUUAGCUCCUGGUAUUAAAAAUCCUAUCUUGGUUAACUUGCAAACACCUCUACCGAAUGAGAGGCUUCAAAUCUCUAUUGUGGUUGAACAUGAUGAAUAUAACGGGAAAUACAGCUUAGUCGAUAACCUAAAAUAUGAGUCGGAUGUUAAUUCUGGAACUAAUAAUAAUGGAAUCGUUAUUUUGGGUGAAAGAACAGCUACUGCUAAGACGGAAUUAACAGUAGAUUUAAAGAUAGAAUGUACUGAAGGUUGGCAAGAUAGCAAAUGUGAUAAAGCAAUUUGCAGUACUGGAUGUAGUCCAAUUCAUGGGACUUGCAAAAAUUCUCCGAAUACUUGCAGCUGUAAUAGCGGUUGGACAGGAUCAACCUGUGAAACUUGUCUCAAGCGAACUGACUGUGGUAAGCCAAUUGCUCGACAGAAUGUCAGCGACAUGGGCGUUGCAUGGAACCUAAUCGUUGCAUAUUUACAUCCGUGUGCUAACCCGAGUCAGUGCGCAAAUGGAGGUACUUGCAUAAGGCUAGGAACAAGUCAAUUUCAAUGCAAUUGUAUGGCCCAAUUUACUGGUAGCCGAUGUGAAUAUCUAAAGGUAAUUACAUCAAGUACUACUGCUCCUAUACGAACAAUAUCUAAUCCACAGCUAACAUCCACCGUAACACCGACAGCUGAGCAAAUUAGCACAGACAUAUUUACUCCAACAUUAUCUACUUCAGCCAUGUUUACUUCAGCUUCAUCUAUAUCAACCAUAUCUACCCCAGCUACACUAACCCCAACAUCAUUUAUUUCAACAACUCAAGCAGUAGUUGAUUCUACAAUCUCGAAAAGCCCGACAGUAUUUACUCCAACAUCAUCUACUUCAACUCAAACAGUAUUUAUUUCAACAUCUAAGAACCCAACAACAUUUACUUCAACCACUCGAGUAGGUACUACUGUAUCUACAACUACUGGGGGAUUGCCAUCACAGCCUCAGAUAAUUGGUAUAAUAGAAGGUGAUGAUCAUUUAAAUAUUUCGUGGUCAGCAUCUACCAGUACUACAAACGACUUGAUCAUGUACUAUAUCCGAUACGAAAUACGAACUGGCAAAGAUGAAGAUAGUUCGUGCCCAAACUGCCGAAGUACACCAAAGGUAUCUCGAUUGUACCAUUUACUUGAUGGGCUACCUGGAAAUACGCCUUAUAGGCUUAAGGUUAUCGCGGAGAACAGCGUAGGAGAUAGCCAGAGUCAAUUCAGAUUUGCUAGAACUAAAGGCAAUGGGACCCCAGGAGGAAUUUCAGGUGGCACUUAUGGAGCCAUUGCAGGAGUAAUUGGAGUAUGUAUCUUAAUAACAGGAAUUAUCAUUGCAUAUAUCAAAUUACGUAAAAAACCAGGAUUUUGCCAAUUUCUACGAUUAAAGUCUGAAUAUUUAAUCGAUCAACAAAUACAUAAAAAUGUAACAGCGCUGAUCUAUGUGAUGACUACAUUAUCAAUUGCUUUUGAGGUGGAAAUGCUUAGCCUCGGCGAAAGUGAAUAUUUUACAAGUGUUGUAGGUUAUGGGAAUCUGGUUUGA